AUGUCCCUCCCGACUCUUACCGUCUCCCUCCCCACUGGAAGACUCGCUCUCUUUCAGAGGCGCCUAAAAGAUCAGUCCUUGCUACUCAUACAGUGUGCCCCUCCCCACUGUCACCGCGCGCAGGUGGAGGUGGCAGCGAUGACGGCCAUGCAGCACCCCAAGAUCCUGCAGCUGCUGGGCUACGUGGGGGACUCGCCCUCGCCCGUGCUCGUCUACGAGUUCAUCCCCCGCGGCGACUGCACCGACAUGCUCAAACAAUCGGCGAAGGGAGAGGUGCACUUCCCGUGGAGGGCGCGGCUGGUGGUGGCGCUGGGGUGUGCGGAGGCGCUGGCCGCCAUCCAUGACGCCAACUUCGUGCACCGCGACUUCAAGGCCUCCAACGUGCUGCUCCGCGAGGACCUGACACCAGUGCUGGCAGAUUUCGGGUUGGCAAAGUCGGUGACGGACUGGGCAACGCACGUGAGCACACGGGUGAUGGGCAGCAUGGGGUACAUGGACCCCAUCUACUUCCAGACAGGUCAACUGAGCCGCAAGUCCGACACGUAUGCCUUCGGGGUCUUCCUCCUGGAACUCGUAUCCGGCUGCCUCGCCCUCGACGAUCGCUUCCAGGAGCUGCGAAAGCUGGUGGUGGCGAAGACCUUUCCGGACCCGGAGCUGGUGGUGGACCCGCGGAUAAAGGGCGAGUGGACCAAGAAGCAAGUCUACAUUGUCUUCACGCUCAUUCGCUUCGCCAUCUUCUUCGAUUGGGAUAACCGCCCGAGCAUGUCGGUGAUGCGGGAUAAGCUGAUGACCGUUGUUGAAUAG